AUGAAGUCGAGUACUCUGCUCGAUUCUGCUAUUUUCCAGCUCACGCCUACUCGGACGAGGUGCGAUUUGAUUAUUAUUGCAAAUGAAAGGAAAGAGAAAGUCGCUUCAGGCUUGUUGACUCCUUUUCUUGCGCACCUGAAGACUGCUCAGGAUCAGAUUGCUAAGGGUGGUUAUUCAAUAUUACUUGAAACAGAAGCUGGUAGUGAUGCUACAUGGUUUACAAAGGGCACUGUGGAAAGGUUUGUUCGUUUUGUGAGCACUCCAGAGAUCUUGGAACGGGUGUAUACCAUAGAAUCUGAGAUCUUACAGAUUGACGAAGCUAUUGCCAUUCAGGGCAACAAUGAUAUAGAGCCAAGUGCUGUAGAAGAUCAUCAAGCAAAACCUGUGGUAAGCGAAGGCAACAAACCUAUUCCAGAUACUAAUGAGGGAAAAGCUAUUGUUCUUUACAAGCCUGGCACACAUUAUUCUGAGGCAAAUGGGUCCACCGCACAAGAGGGAAAUUCGAGAGUCCAGCUUCUGAAAGUCCUGGAAACACGAAAAACUGUGCUGCAGAGGGAACAAGGCAUGGCUUUUGCACGUGCUGUAGCUGCUAGUUUUGACAUUGAUCACAUGGCACCACUGGUGUCAUUUGCUGAAUGCUUUGGGGCAUCACGUUUGAUGGAUGCAUGCUUAAGGUUCAUGGAUUUGUGGAAGAGAAAGCAUGAAACUGGACAAUGGCUUGAAAUUGAAGCAGCUGAAGCAAUGUCUACCCAAUCAGACUUCUCUACCAUGGAUGCAUCUGGAAUCAUGCUUUCUAGUGUGGCCAACAAACUUAAUGAAUCCUGCAGUGAAAUGGCUUCAGAAAAUAUUGGGAAAACAAGCAUCGACACAACUACAGUUUGGCUUUGGAGAGGGCACUACUACAAGAAAUUCUCUUGGGGAAAAAGAUGAAAUAAAUAAAUUCUUGAAGUGUCUAAUGCAAGUUUUUUUUUUGAAG